AUGCAGCGCAAGCGCUCUUUGGAUGACAUGGAGGGUCCACAGCCCGCAGUGGCCCUCGGGCACACCAGCAAGCGAGGCCGUGUGGUGAAACCCAAGCUGUGGGAUGAUGGCACAGAGGCGCCCAUCGCUAUGGGUGGCUCCAGGCUUGCAAGGAGGACACCCCCUCCCAAGGAGGACUCUGGCCCCUCCAGUGGCAGCGACCGCCCCAGGCGGCCGGCCAGUGCCAGUGCUUCACUGGGGACAGCCAAGAAGGCCACUGUCCCCCUCAGGGACGAGACAGGCCGCUUUGCUGGCGUUCGGCCCAAGACUGCAGCCGAGCGCUCCCUGAGCGGCGUCCCUUCCCAGGGUGGCAUCUUCAAGAGCGCAGCAGAGAAGGUGUUGAGGAGCAACCGCCACCUCAUGUCCACAGGCGAGAUUGCAAAGAUGGCAAUCAAGUACAACUUCAUCUCGUGCCAGGGCAAGACUCCCGAGGCAACCAUGGCAUCCGCGCUGUACACUGACAUCAAGAGGAAGGAGUCCGGCUCCAUUUUCAUCCGCCCCCACGAGGGCCUCUUUGGCCUCAGGGAGUGGCUGGACCAGGACUUCGAUUUCGAGGGGAAGUUUGCAGCUGGAAACGAAGCAGGAGACCAGCUGACUCUGCCCCGGGGCAACGGCAGCGCCCGGUAUCGCUAUGAGGCAUCUGUCGGCGUAGAGGAGUAUGCAGGGGACUAUGAGUCGGACGAGCAACUGGCAGCAUCCACAGAUGGGGGCCUGCGCGCCGGACCAUACCUGCCGCCUCGAACAAAGCGCCGCGUCUCCUCUGCACAGAACGCCAACAUCAAAGGCGGCGCGCAGCUUCCUGGCUGGCCUCGCGGUGGACUGUCUCGGGCAGCCUCAACAGGCGCUGUGGAAGAUGCUGCAGCUGCACGCCCCGAUUUUGGAGCUGCGCGCUCUAAGAGCUUGGUCAAGGAUGCUCUGGGCGGCAUGGAUGCGCUUAUGGAGGCUGUGGCUCUGGAGAACCAGCGAUCGCGCCCCCUGGCUGAUGCGGACUUUGACGACGAUGACAUGGAGCCCUCUACUGCCGGCUCGCCUCUUGGAAAAGAAGCCCAAAGGGACGACGCGCGCAGCCGCCGCGGCCUGCGAGCUGCACCGGUGAAGUCCAGGAAGCUGCAGCCGCCAUCUCCCGAGCACAACGGCAGGCGCGAUGACCCGCUGCCGAUGCGGCGCAAGCGCAGCAGCAUGAUUGCGCAGGCGGCCAACGGCAGCAGCGGCCACCCCCACCGGAGCGCGCUGCUGGAUGACGACGCCCUCGGCCGCUCCCCAAGGAGCGUGGCCGCCAAGGCCAGGUAUGCCAACCCGUGCGCGCAGCGGAUAGCGACCAAGGCUGAGGAGGAGGGCAUGGAGGUGGAGGGCUUUGGUGUGGCGCGCCUCCAGGCUGCCCAGGCCAAGCUGGCGGCUGCCGGCGGCAUCGGCCCCACCCGGGACAUCAAGCAGGACAACAUCCUCAACCUGCCCCUGCCCGACUUUGACAUCGAGGCCGGCGAGACCGGCGAGGAGGAGGAGGAUGCGCUAACGCCAGAUGAGGCGCCGGCCAAGGACGCGGUCAUCAACGAGCCGACCGAGGUGCCGGCCGCUCCGGAGUCCAGCCGUGCCAACAGCGAGGACGGCAGCGUCGCGCCGGCCGCUGCGCCGGCCGCCGCGCCGCAGCCGGACAAGCCGCCCUCUCUGGAGCUGCUGCACAAGAUGGAGGUCAAGCUGCGCAGCCUGGAGAACUCCGUGGGCCACCUGCACCCAACCGUGGGCCAGGCAUGCAUUGACCUGAGUAAGGCGUACCUGGCCGCCAGGCAGGGCGAGCAGGCGGGCAAGCACCUGCAGAGGGCCAUCGCCAUCCUCAACAAGUCAAGCCGCGGCAACACCCUCAGCCAGGACGCAAAGGAGCAAUUCUCCUACCUGCUCGGCAGGGUCCAGGACCUCAAGGCAGAGGCGUGCCAGACCUCGGCCCGGCCAGCUCAGCAGCCAGCUCAGCAGGCGGCAGAGCCUGCGCCAGCACCCAUCCCCACCCCCAAGAUGCUGCACCCGCCCCCCUUCAUCCUCCCGGGGGCCACCUCAGCCCUUCCCACCCCCAAUCAGACCGCCGUGCCCCCACCGGCAGCACAGCCCGUCGCGCAGCCUCCUGUGCCGGCACUGGCGGCUGUUGUGAAGAGUGAGGCUCGGCCCAUUGCUCCUGCCGGCCUCGGCAUGGGCCUGCCAUCGCCGAUCGCGCCUGCGGCCGCAAGCCAGGUGCAUGCCGCUGCUGUGCCUCCGGCAUCGGCAGCCUCACAAGCGACAUCCAUGCCUGUGACAGAAGCUGCCCUACCGUCCACGAGCACUCCAGCCUUGAUCCACACCUCUGCUUGA